CUUGCGCCCAGCCCCGGCCGCACUUCCCCGUUCCUUUCCUUUCUGACAGAUCGUCUCGCGCGCUGGCCGGGUGCGAGUCCGAGAGCCUCCCCGAACGCUGAGGAGGGAAUGUGGCGCGCGCGGGAAGGGGCCGGCCUCAGCGUCAGGGCCGGCGCUGUCGUCCGCUUCCCUUUCCCCAGGCCCCGGAGCUGAGACCCGAAACCAGGGCGCGGCUCCCUGGCCCCGGGCAUGGAGGACCCGGAGGCGGCACCCGCUCAGGCCGAGGGCGCGGAGCCGGCGCCCUGGGCGCACCUAGAGGCCCCCGCCCGCCUCCUGCUGCAGGCGCUGCAGGCGGGGCCCGACGGGGCGCGGCGCGGCUUGGGGUUGCUGCGGGCUCUGAGCGGCCGCGGCGGGGAGCCCUUCGGCUGGGACCGCGUCUUCGAGGCGCUGUGCCGGGAGGAGCCAGUCGUGGAGGGCCCGGACUGUCGCCUGGUGCUGAAACCACUGCUGCUGCGAUUGCCCCCGUUAUGCCAGAGGAACCUGAUGUCCCUACUGAUGGCUGUUUGGCCGUCGCUGCCUGAAAGCAGUCUCCACCCUGUGCUGCAGAUUGUGCAGCAGGAUCCAAGCCCCGACCCUGAUCCCUGGCUCCGGACCCUUGCGGAAUUUCUGCGAAGGGAUCUAGGUGUUGGGAUCUCCAUUGAGGGAGUGUCCCCACUGUCUAAAAGGUGCCAGAGACAGCUCCGAGGCCUGUGUAGGCAGCUGGGCCAAGGGGGCAGGAAGUUGAAGUUGCCCCAGGCUCCAGAUCCUGAAGGGAAAGAACAGGAGGACAAGGACUCCCAGCGGCCUGGGAAGCGCAGAAAGGAUCCGGAGGAAGAGCCUGCCAGUCCUGAGGGGGAGAGGGCCCCCAAAAGGCUCCGGUGUUUGGAAAAGGAAGAAGAAGAAAGUCAUGAGGAAAACAGACCUGAACGUGAAUCUUUGGAGUCCCUGGCCAAUGGAGGAGGUGCAUCAUCCAUUAAGAACCAGCCUGUUUUGGGGGCUAAGCCCAGUGAGGCUGGUCAGAGUCUAAAGGAUGCUAAGGGCCUACCUGAGAGUUUGGAGUUGCCCAGAGCUAUCCAGGAACAAGUUCCCAGGCUGCAGCAGUUGCUCAAGACCCUCGGGAAGGGGGUGGAAGGGCUGGAGGGCACCCCACCAGUUGAGCUGCAGCUUCUCCACGAAUGCAGUCCUGGUCAGGUGGACCUGGUGUGUGCCCAGCUGCAGCUCCCGCAGCUCUCGGACACAGGUCUCCUGCAGCUCUGCACCUGGCUGCUGGCCCUUUCACCAGACCUCAGCCUCAGCAAUGCUACUGUGCUGACCAGGAGCCUCUUCCUUGGACGGAUUCUCUCCCUGACUUCCUCAGCCUCCCGCUUGCUCACAACUGCUCUGACCUCCUUCUGUACUAAGUACACCUAUGCCGUCUGCAGAGCCCUCCUUGGCCCUGUGCUCCAAGCCCCAGGAACAGGUCCAGCUCAAACAGAGUUACUGUGUUGCCUUACAAAGGACGAGGCCCUGGAGCCGGACAUGCAGGCUCUAAUGCUGGGACAGAUCUUGGAGCUGCCCUGGAAGGAAGAGACUUUCUUGGUGUUGCAGUCACUCCUGGAGCGGCAGGUGGAGAUGCCCUCUGAGAAGUUCAGUGUGUUGAUGGAGAAACUCUGUAAAGAGGGGCCAGCAGCCACCACGUCCAUGGCCUAUGCCAAGCUCAUGCUGACAGUGAUAACCAAGUAUCAGGCCAAUAUCAGUGAGCCCCAGAGGCUGGGCCUGGUGGCAGUUCUGGAGCUCAAUACCACUUUCCUGAGGAAGUCCCUGCAGGCUGCCCUGAGACAUCUGGCCCCCUGACCAUCCACCAAGGGACCACCCUCCCGGACCUCCCUCGUCAGAUUCCCGAAGGACACUUCUGCCCUGAGCACCUCACCCUGCCCCUUGCCUGGGGGUCAGGGCUGAGCCUGGCCAUCCCAGGGGUCAACUGUCUCCCUGCUCCAGGCUGCAGAGAAGCCAUCUGGGCCACCCAGCCAGCAGGAAGGGUCUGGGGCUAAGGGGCUGGGUGAGUUGUAUUACCAAGAGCUGCUGAGCCUGGGCUGCCUCCUUGUCAUUUCUACCUCAGGCUGUGGGGACAGACACUUUAAGAUAGGUCCAGCGGUUAAGACUCCUCACUUCCAUUGCAGGGGAUGAGGGUUGGAUCCCUGGUUGGGGGAGCUCCGCAUGCCGUGAGAUGUGGCCAAAAUAUAAUAAUAAUAAAUAAAAUAGGAAUUAAGAUAGGCCUCAAUAGGGUCAAAGCUAGCACAAAUCUCUUGUGCGCAAGUGUAUGUUAUGAUCCUCUGUGUUGUUUCUGACUUGCAUAAUAAUUGAUCAGUGGUAUUUCAUAAAAAGCAGAAAGUUCAGUAAUGUCUUAUUAGAAGCAGUGCCUGCCUUCCUACUAACUCUGGGUGUUUGCUGAAAACUAACACAUACCAUGCCACCCCCACCCUGCUCAGUGACAGGGGCAUCUUUUUCCAAGGGAAAUGUUUGGUGCGGGGAAGGUGGUAGAGUUCUGUGGGCCAGAUCAUGUAUGAUACCACCCACCCCAGCCCUAUCAGAGCUGUCUGUUGAGUACGUGGGCUGUGCAUCCUGCACUGGGGAAGGGGGCUUGAGGGUGAGAGUGACUCAGCCUGGAGUUGGGGAAGACUUUUGGGCAGAUGAUGACUUUUGAGGAGGGAUCUGAAGGGCUCCUGGGAUUACUGUGAGCAGAGAACAGGAUGAGGCUUAUUGGACAGGAAAGGCAGAAAGGGUGUGCAAUACUGUGGGCUUGUGUGUUCUACAACUAUAUUCCCACAGCACUUAGCUAGGCACCUUGUUCAUAGUAAACACUUAACCUGGGGACUUCCUUGGUGGUCCAGUGGGAAAGACUCAGCGCUCCGAAUGCAGAGGGCCCGGGUUCGAUCCCUGGGCAGGGAACUAGAUCUCACAUGCAUGCUGCAACUGAGUUCGCAUGCCGCAAAUAAGAUCACACAUGCUGCAACUAAACAUGCCAUAACAAAGAUCCAGCGCAGCCAAAGUAAAUAUUUAAAAAACAAGCAAACAAACAAAAAGCCACAACCUGUAGAUGUUACUGAGUCAACUAUCAGGUGAAAGUUCAUCACAGAACCUUACCCGCUCCUCCCCACCGCAGGCUCUGAGGCGCCGGGAAGAGAACUCGACAUUUCCCUUCCCACAACUUCCUCAGAAGCCGUGAGCCCCCGUUAGAACAAGAUGAUGAGGGAGACAGGUCAGGAGCAAAGCCUGCUUUUGAGAAGUGAAGCAGGUGCUAAAGUCAGGAGGAAGCAUGGAGGCUUAAGGGACAAACAUGUCGGAACUGCACGCGCUCAGCGGCCGGCACGGGGCGGCGCCCAGGAGUGUGACUACUGCAGCUCACCGCCCUGGGCUCAGCCUCUUCCCUAAGGGCCUGGGGCAGCUGCUGGUGGCAACGGGCGCCCGGGACCACCACCGGUGGUUGCGCA